CUCCGGCAGAUUCUGAUGCAGGCCUGGGUGUUGUCGUCGAUCUGAGUGAGUCGAAAAAUCGACGGUGUUGCGGCUUCAGUGUUGCAAGACAAUCGGUAAUGAACUUCAAGUGCUCUCGGUGCGAUCACAGAAACAGCGUCAGCAGCAAGCGUUAGCUCGAAUAUUCCACGUACGGCGAAGUCAGGAGGUCGGCGAGCAUUAGCCGAAGUUGUUCCCGUCGGAUCUAAAAGAGAAACACAGUUGACCAAGUGAAAAGUAGCGAUGCGCUACAACGAUAGUCGAGCUUACUCGUAUUCCUCGAUUGGUGAAGGCGCUCCGAUGCAGGAAUCCGCGUCGGGAUGUUGCGGACGUUCCAGGGAAAGGAAUACUGAAGAAUCCUCGAAAGGAUGCUGCUGCGGCUGUAUGGGUCGCAUGCCGUUCGCAACGCUGAUCGCCACCCUGAUGUGUGCGGCGGGGGUGACGGUCUUCCUCUUUGCCACCUACAGAGGUCUAAACGCGACCAUGAAGAUGUUCGAACACGUUUUCUACUCGCGAAUGUUCGGAGCCACACACGUCAGACUACAAGACAUUCAGAUUGGAUUCAUCGCCGUCGGCGCCGGUAUGGGAGUCUUGGCACUCCUCAUCCUUCUGAUCGGAUGUCUCAGCACCGGAUCCACUCGAACGACGAUCUAUAAAGAUUGGAAAGCUCGUGCUGGAGGCCGUUUCACCUGCAUUUUUCUCAUGUCCGUCACCUAUAUUCUCAAGUUGGUGUGGAUCUUCAUCUGCUUAGCGAUGGCAGUUGCAUCUUUCGUGUUCUUCACUUGGACAUCGAUGUGUAACCGACUUCGUUCGAUGAAUCUCGACAACAACGAGAGAUGCUUGAACCUCGAACAAUUUGACUUCCUUUUACCCGAGGUGUCCCUGGAACAUCAAGUCAUUUGCGACGAAGGCAAAAAGAAGGAGUUCUGCCACGACUACGUGGGAAGCGCUUCGCUCAUGUACUACGUCGCUACCGGAGCGUCCUUCGUCGUCCUGAUCAGCCUGAUCCACUAUCUUAUGUGUCUCUCGGCUAACUACACCCGAAUUAAGGAUCAGGCCAAGAUCGCAGACCUCGAAAUGCUCCGAAAUAUCGAAGAAAAUGAAAUGGGACCCCUUGGCGCAAAGGGAAACGCCAACAGAUACUGAGGUCGUCAAGAACAGCAACAAAAAUCACUCCCACAAUCACCACCGAGAGGUCGACGACGAAGACGACCCCGACGACGACAACCACCACCAUUACUGCAAGGUUACAUCGACUUUGGAAUGAAUGUAUUGGAUAAUGGAUGCACUGCUGAGUGAUCUGGUGGAUGAUGCAAGCGAAUGGAUUAAGGGUUUCUCGCACGAGAUCUACACGGCAAAGCUGUACUCUAGAACGACGCGAUACGAUGAUGUGCAUAUAUCCACACCAUACUUCAGAAACUGCCCUGGGACACGAUGAAAGACAACGGCGAUGAUAACGAUGAUUUCAAUGGCAAUGAUCAGUGCUCCCGACGUAUGGCCGGAUCUACGUCGAGACCUCAACUUCAAUAUAAUAAUCUCGCGUAGUCCAGAACGAAAGCUUUCCGCGGUGGUCUCCCUGAUCGUGAGGUAUUGGUGUUCUAUGACUCAAAGAAUCAUGCACGGUGCAAUCGAUCGAUCCACUGACGCAACAGCUUGACUCUCAACUACCAUCAACGAGCCGGGUGUGGGAGAGGCCACCGUUCUUCAAUUACUUCCCGACGGAAUCAGGAAUCAAUCGAACGAAUCAUUCAUCUACAUUCAAUAAAAAUGUAAUAUAUUGUCUAAGGCUGGGACUGAUGGAAGUCCUGGCUUGUAAACAUUCGAAUCUUCUCAAACCCAUCACCUAAAGAAUAUUUAAUAAAGGCAACAUCGAA